AUGCAGCGCGCGCGACGACAGGAACUCGGAUCCGACAGACGGGAGCACCCUUCUCGCCGAGACGCCGCCCUUAAAUCGUCUUCACCUCAUCAUAAGAACACCGACAACCUCUGGAAUCUACAGUGCACAGCUCCGAUCUCGUAUCCCGGGCCUGACGCAGCCGGACUCACGCCCCCUGACCAGCCUGGCGAGAUGGCGAGCGUACUGGAUCUCAGCCUGGACUUCGAUACCCCGGGCGACCGGCUCAAGUGGCUUCUGGUCGUGCAACUGGGCCUUAGUGCAUUCCUGAGCGACUCUGCAGCGGCUGUGGCGGUGCUGGGCCUCGUCGCAGUGGUCUGGACGCAGAGGGAACUGCUGUCUUUAUUCCUGGUGGUGUCCCCCGCAUUCAUUGUGGCCGACGUGUUUUGGCUUAUCGGAGGCAGCCACGGCCUGGCAGCCUGGGUACUGGCCAUCAUCCAGCUCACGGUGAAGGCAGCCAGCCUGGUGAACGCCUUCCAGUGGCUGCAGGCCACCUCAGGCUCCGCUGCGGGCGCGACAGAGUACCAGCCAUUUGGCCUCGGCGGGUCUGGGCGGCGAGACCCCUUCAACUCCGCCGCCUCGCCUGCCUCCUCGCCCCUGAACGGCACGUCGCUGCCGACCUCGGGCUACACGCCGCCACCCACCCAGGCGGCGGGGCCUGCAGGACCGGCGAGGUCUGCCUCCGAGGACCCCUCCCACGCCCUGCUCUAG